AUUUUGGAAGUGGAUAACUGCUCAGGUUGCAAGAAUAACAAGAGUGCUGAGAGCCCAAUUUGUAGGAGCCAUGGAAGAGUCUUCCCAACCCACUAAAUCCCUGGAGAUGAACCCUCACUCUCGCUUUAUUAUUGGCUCUGUGUCAGAGGAUAACUCAGAAGAUGAGACAAGCUCCUUGGUGAAACUUGAUCUGCUAGAGGAGAAAGAGAGGUCUUUGUCGCCUGUAUCUGUCUGCUCGGAUUCCCUUUCUGAUCUAGGACUUUCUAAUGCUCAAGAUGGCCUGGCAAGCCAUAUGAGGCCCAGUAUGUCUGGUUUACACCUUGUAAAGCAAGGCCGGGACAGGAAGAAAGUUGACGUGCAGCGGGAUUUCACUGUGGCUUCUCCAGCAGAAUUUGUUACUCGUUUUGGAGGGAAUAAAGUUAUUGAAAAGGUCCUGAUAGCAAAUAAUGGCAUUGCAGCAGUGAAAUGCAUGAGAUCCAUCCGGCGCUGGUCCUAUGAGAUGUUUCGAAAUGAGCGGGCAAUCAGAUUUGUUGUCAUGGUGACUCCUGAGGAUCUGAAAGCAAAUGCAGAGUAUAUUAAAAUGGCAGAUCACUAUGUCCCGGUUCCAGGAGGACCGAACAACAACAACUAUGCAAAUGUGGAACUCAUUCUUGAUAUUGCUAAGCGGAUUCCAGUGCAGGCUGUAUGGGCUGGCUGGGGCCAUGCAUCUGAGAACCCUAAACUACCCGAACUUCUCCACAAAAAUGGGAUUGCUUUCAUGGGUCCUCCAAGCCAAGCAAUGUGGGCCUUAGGAGAUAAAAUUGCUUCUUCAAUAGUGGCUCAGACUGCUGGCAUUCCAACUCUUCCUUGGAGUGGCAGUGGUCUUCGAGUGGACUGGCAGGAAAAUGAUCUUCAGAAGCGUAUCUUGAAUGUUCCUCGGGAACUAUAUGAAAAAGGCUACGUGAAAGAUGCAGAUGAUGGACUGCGGGCUGCUGAGGAGGUUGGCUACCCUGUCAUGAUCAAGGCUUCUGAAGGAGGAGGAGGAAAAGGAAUUAGGAAAGUUAACAAUGCAGAUGACUUCCCCAACCUAUUUAGACAGGUUCAAGCUGAAGUCCCAGGCUCUCCAAUCUUCGUAAUGAGACUAGCCAAACAGUCCCGCCACUUGGAGGUGCAGAUCCUGGCAGAUCAGUAUGGCAAUGCCAUCUCUCUCUUUGGCCGGGAUUGCUCUGUGCAGCGCAGGCACCAGAAGAUUAUUGAGGAAGCACCUGCUUCUAUUGCGACUUCGGUGGUGUUUGAGCACAUGGAACAGUGUGCGGUGAAGCUUGCCAAAAUGGUGGGAUAUGUGAGUGCGGGUACUGUGGAAUACUUGUACAGCCAGGAUGGCAGUUUCUACUUUCUGGAGUUGAAUCCCCGCCUACAAGUGGAGCACCCCUGCACAGAGAUGGUAGCUGAUGUUAAUCUUCCGGCAGCGCAGCUCCAGAUUGCCAUGGGGAUUCCCCUCCACAGGAUCAAGGAUAUCCGAGUGAUGUAUGGUGUUUCUCCAUGGGGAGAUGCAUCUAUUGAUUUUGAGAAUUCAGCCCAUGUCCCCUGUCCACGUGGCCAUGUCAUCGCUGCACGUAUCACCAGUGAGAAUCCUGAUGAGGGAUUUAAGCCCAGUUCUGGUACAGUUCAGGAACUGAAUUUCCGCAGCAAUAAGAAUGUCUGGGGCUAUUUCAGUGUUGCUGCUGCAGGAGGGCUUCAUGAAUUUGCUGAUUCUCAAUUUGGUCACUGCUUCUCUUGGGGAGAAAAUCGUGAAGAAGCCAUCUCAAACAUGGUAGUGGCUUUGAAGGAGCUGUCCAUCCGAGGGGAUUUCCGAACCACUGUUGAGUACUUGAUUAAACUGUUGGAAACAGAAAGCUUCCAGCAGAACCGCAUUGACACUGGCUGGUUGGAUCGGCUUAUUGCGGAGAAAGUUCAGGCUGAAAGGCCUGAUACAAUGCUGGGAGUGGUGUGUGGAGCUCUGCAUGUGGCUGAUGUGAGCUUCCGAAACAGUGUCUCAAACUUCCUGCACUCUCUAGAAAGGGGCCAAGUCCUGCCUGCUCAUACUCUGCUAAACACUGUGGAUGUGGAACUCAUCUAUGAAGGACGGAAAUAUGUGCUGAAGGUGACCCGACAGUCUCCCAAUUCCUAUGUGGUCAUCAUGAACAGCUCAUGUGUGGAAGUUGAUGUGCACCGACUGAGUGAUGGAGGACUGCUCCUAUCUUAUGAUGGUAGCAGCUAUACUACCUACAUGAAAGAAGAGGUGGACAGGUAUCGCAUCACUAUAGGUAACAAGACCUGUGUGUUUGAAAAGGAGAAUGAUCCCUCCAUUCUGCGCUCACCUUCAGCUGGGAAGCUUAUCCAGUAUGUGGUGGAGGAUGGGGGACACGUGUUUGCAGGCCAGUGCUUUGCAGAAAUAGAGGUGAUGAAAAUGGUGAUGACACUAACAGCAGGAGAAUCAGGCUGCAUCCAUUAUGUCAAACGCCCAGGGGCAGCCUUGGAUCCAGGCUGUGUGAUUGCCAAGCUCCAGCUGGAUGAUCCCAGCAGGGUUCAGCAGGCUGAACUGCACACAGGUGCCUUGCCACAGAUCCAGAGCACAGCACUUCGAGGCGAGAAAUUGCAUCGCAUCUUCCAUUAUGUCCUAGAUAACCUGGUCAAUGUGAUGAAUGGAUACUGCCUGCCAGAGCCCUACUUCAGCAGCAAGGUGAAAGGCUGGGUUGAGCGACUAAUGAAGACACUGAGAGAUCCAUCUUUGCCUCUGCUGGAACUUCAGGACAUCAUGACCAGUGUUUCUGGACGGAUCCCACCCAACGUAGAGAAGUCCAUCAAGAAGGAGAUGGCCCAAUAUGCCAGCAACAUCACAUCAGUCCUUUGCCAGUUUCCCAGCCAACAGAUUGCCAAUAUCUUGGAUAGCCAUGCAGCCACCUUGAACCGCAAAUCAGAGCGUGAGGUCUUCUUCAUGAAUACUCAGAGCAUUGUGCAGCUUGUACAGAGGUACCGGAGUGGUAUUCGGGGUCACAUGAAAGCAGUGGUGAUGGAUCUGCUCCGUCAGUAUCUGAAGGUGGAGACUCAGUUUCAGCAUGGUCACUAUGACAAGUGUGUCUUUACCCUUCGGGAAGAGAAUAAAAGUGAUAUGAAUGCUGUAUUGAACUACAUCUUCUCACACGCUCAGGUCACCAAGAAGAACCUGCUUGUUACAAUGCUCAUUGACCAGCUAUGUGGCCGUGACCCCACCUUGACAGAUGAGCUGAUUAAUAUUCUGACAGAGCUGACCCAGCUCAGCAAGACAACCAACGCUAAAGUGGCCCUGCGAGCACGCCAGGUUCUCAUUGCUUCCCAUUUGCCAUCCUACGAGCUGCGUCACAACCAGGUGGAGUCCAUCUUCCUGUCUGCUAUUGACAUGUAUGGACACCAGUUCUGCAUUGAGAACCUGCAGAAACUCAUUUUGUCUGAGACAUCCAUCUUUGAUGUGCUACCCAACUUCUUCUACCACAGUAACCAGGUGGUAAGAAUGGCAGCUUUGGAGGUGUACGUUCGAAGGGCAUAUAUUGCCUAUGAGUUAAACAGUGUCCAGCAUCGCCAGCUGAAGGAUAACACUUGUGUGGUGGAGUUCCAGUUCAUGCUACCUACCUCCCAUCCGAACAGAGGGAACAUCCCCACGCUAAACAGAAUGUCCUUCUCUUCCAACCUCAAUCACUAUGGGAUGGUCCAUGUAGCUAGCGUGAGUGAUGUACUGCUAGACAAUUCAUUCACUCCACCGUGCCAGCGGAUGGGUGGAAUGGUGUCCUUCCGCACAUUUGAAGAUUUUGUCAGAAUAUUUGAUGAAGUGAUGGGUUGCUUCUGCGACUCUCCUCCCCAGAGCCCAACCUUCCCUGAAGCUGGCCAUGCUUCCUUGUAUGAUGAAGAUAAGGCUGCCCGUGAGGAGCCCAUUCACAUUCUUAAUGUUGCUAUUAAAACAGAUAGUGACGUUGAUGAUGAUGGCCUGGCAGCCAUGUUCAGAGAGUUCACACAAAGCAAGAAAUCAGUCCUGAUUGAACAUGGGAUUCGGAGGCUGACAUUCCUUGUAGCACAGAAGGACUUCAGGAAACAGGUCAACUAUGAGGUGGAUCAGAGAUUUCAUAGGGAAUUUCCAAAGUUCUUCACGUUCCGUGCCCGGGAUAAGUUUGAGGAAGAUAGGAUUUACCGUCAUCUGGAGCCAGCUCUGGCUUUUCAGCUAGAGUUGAACCGAAUGCGAAACUUUGAUCUCACUGCCAUUCCAUGUGCCAAUCACAAAAUGCAUCUCUACCUGGGAGCAGCUAAAGUUGAAGUGGGAACAGAAGUGACAGACUACAGGUUCUUCGUGAGAGCUAUUAUAAGGCAUUCAGAUCUGGUUACCAAGGAAGCCUCCUUUGAGUAUCUGCAGAAUGAGGGAGAGCGAUUGCUUUUGGAAGCCAUGGAUGAGUUGGAGGUGGCAUUUAAUAAUACCAAUGUGCGGACUGACUGCAAUCACAUCUUCUUAAAUUUCGUGCCUACUGUCAUCAUGGACCCAUCUAAGAUCGAAGAAUCCGUGCGGAGCAUGGUGAUGCGCUACGGGAGUCGCCUGUGGAAACUCCGCGUCCUCCAAGCCGAGCUGAAGAUCAACAUUCGUUUGACACCGACUGGGAAGGCAAUUCCCAUUCGUCUCUUCUUGACCAAUGAGUCAGGCUACUAUUUGGACAUCAGCCUCUACAAAGAAGUGACAGACUCCAGAACAGGACAGAUUAUGUUCCAGGCAUAUGGAGAUAAACAGGGACCACUUCAUGGGAUGCUGAUCAAUACCCCGUACGUGACCAAAGACCUGCUGCAGUCCAAGAGAUUCCAGGCACAGUCUUUAGGGACAUCAUAUGUCUAUGACAUUCCUGAGAUGUUUCGGCAGUCUUUGAUUAAACUCUGGGAUUCUAUGAAUGAACAUGCAUUCCUGCCAACGCCACCGCUGCCUUCUGACAUACUAACGUACACUGAGUUGGUGUUGGAUGAUCAGGGCCAGCUCGUGCACAUGAACAGGCUGCCAGGAGGAAAUGAGAUUGGGAUGGUGGCCUGGAAGAUGACUCUGAAGACCCCUGAGUAUCCAGAAGGCCGUGAUAUCAUUGUCAUUGGCAAUGACAUUACAUACCGAAUAGGUUCUUUUGGGCCUCAAGAGGACAUGCUGUUCCUGAGGGCUUCAGAGCUUGCUCGAACACAUGGCAUCCCCCGUAUCUACGUGGCUGCCAACAGUGGAGCCAGGAUUGGUUUGGCUGAGGAGAUUCGGCACAUGUUCCAUGUAGCUUGGGAAGACCCAGAUGACCCAUACAAGGGAUACAAAUACUUGUACCUGACUCCUCAAGACUAUAAGAAAGUCAGUGCCCUGAACUCAGUUCACUGUGAACAUGUGGAGGACAAUGGAGAGUCCAGGUAUAAGAUAACAGAUAUUAUCGGAAAGGAAGACGGACUUGGAGUAGAGAACCUCAGAGGAUCUGGCAUGAUUGCUGGAGAGUCAUCUUUAGCCUAUGAGAGUAUUAUCACCAUCAACUUGGUUACAUGUCGGGCAAUUGGAAUUGGGGCUUACCUUGUUCGGUUAGGUCAGAGGACUAUCCAGGUUGAGAACUCUCAUAUAAUCCUGACUGGCUGCGGAGCCCUCAACAAAGUGCUUGGACGGGAAGUUUAUACCUCCAACAACCAGCUGGGCGGGAUCCAGAUAAUGCACAACAACGGAGUGACACACAGCACUGUGUGUGAUGAUUUUGAAGGAGUCUACACGAUUCUGCAGUGGCUUUCCUACAUGCCAAAGAGUGUAUACAGCCCUGUUCCUAUCCUCAAAGUCAAGGAUCCUAUAGACAGAACCGUAGAGUUUGUUCCUACCAAGACUCCCUACGAUCCUCGCUGGAUGCUGGCUGGACGCCCAAAUCCAAGUCAAAAAGGACAGUGGCUAAGUGGUUUCUUUGACAAUGGCUCGUUCCUGGAGAUCAUGCAGCCCUGGGCGCAGACAGUUGUGGUUGGUAGAGCAAGGCUGGGAGGAAUACCUGUAGGAGUAGUUGCCGUAGAAACAAGAACAGUGGAGCUCAGCAUCCCUGCUGAUCCUGCAAACCUGGACUCUGAGGCUAAGAUAAUCCAGCAGGCUGGUCAGGUGUGGCUCCCUGACUCUGCCUUUAAGACUGCGCAGGCUAUCAAUGAUUUUAACAGAGAAGGGCUGCCUCUGAUGGUCUUUGCUAACUGGAGAGGCUUCUCUGGUGGAAUGAAAGACAUGUAUGACCAAGUGCUCAAGUUUGGUGCCUACAUUGUGGACGGUCUGAGAGAGUAUCGUCAACCCGUGCUUAUUUACAUCCCACCGCAAGCGGAGCUGAGAGGAGGAUCCUGGGCUGUGAUUGACCCUACCAUUAAUCCUCGUCAUAUGGAGAUGUACGCAGACCGAGAAAGCAGAGGAGGAAUCCUGGAACCAGAGGGGACGGUAGAAAUCAAAUUCCGCAGGAAGGAUCUGGUGAAGACGAUGAGGCGAGUGGACCCGGUCUACAUCCGCCUGGCAGAGCGGCUAGGUACCCCUGAGCUGAGCGCUGCUGACCGAAAAGAUCUGGAGGCCAAGCUAAAGGAGCGGGAGGAAUUCCUGAUUCCCAUUUAUCACGAGGUAGCCAUGCAGUUUGCUGACUUGCACGACACACCUGGCCGGAUGCAAGAGAAGGGUGUCAUAACUGACACUCUAGACUGGAAAACUUCCCGUACCUUCUUCUACUGGAGAUUAAGACGUCUUCUUCUAGAGGAUGUGGUUAAAAAGAAGAUCCAUGAUGCCAAUCCUGAGCUGACUGAUGGGCAGAUCCAGGCUAUGCUGAGACGCUGGUUUGUGGAAGUUGAAGGGACAGUGAAGGCAUACUUAUGGGACAGUAAUAAGGACCUGGUGGAGUGGCUGGAAAAACAGCUGACGGAAGAAGAAGGCGUUCGCUCGGUUGUGGAUGAAAACAUCAAAUACAUCUCGAGGGACUACAUCCUCAAACAGAUACGGAGCCUGGUCCAGGCCAAUCCGGAGGUUGCCAUGGAUUCGAUAGUGCACAUGACCCAGCAUAUAUCACCCACCCAGCGAGCCGAGAUCGUGCGGAUCCUCUCCACAAUGGACUCGCCUUCUUCAACGUAAGAGCAUCGAUUUCCCACACUCCCCCCUGCCUGGUACAGUGGAGGGGAAAAAAAAAGCUCAGAAUUGCCCUUUGUCUGCUCGACUGAGACCACUGUACCGAGACGGGGAGGCUCAGGGAAACGCUGGAAGAGUGACAUUUUUAUUUUUUCAAAUCAGACUGACCAGAGGAAGUGUGUUCUUUGGCCAGAGACAUGAGGAAAAUGUAUAAACACAAGCGCCUGCGGAAUUGAGUUACAGCUGUCUAACUGUACCUUAUUUAUUUAACAAAGCGUGACUGGACCAAUGCAUCAGUUCGCUGUUCGGCUGCUACCCGAAAGCGCUACAGCCAGGCAAUGAAGGGUGCUCCGGUACCGUGAGGUCUUGGCAUAGCAAAGCAGGGGCUCGUUUAAAUGACACCCCUGCGCCCCUGCCUGCUUCUCUUUUCACAUCCCGCCUGGUAGCGGCGGCUUUGUGCUGACAAGUGCCAAUGUUACCCCCUGCGAGAGCAUUGCUGUAGCCGAGGACGGGCUCUGCCUCCCAGGAGCGGGUGGGAGCCCAAGGUCCUCCCGCCUGGCGUCCUGUGGGUGAGUGGAGCCCACCACCGAGUUAACCCUCUUGUCUCUGUCAGCCAGUAGUGAUUUGUAUUUCCAAUGUCUGUCUUGUUACUUAGUAGUAGAGGAAAAACAGCAUUUAAGCCGGUGUGGCCAGGGCUGUCCCCAUGCCCCAGACAGGCUGUGGGGAAGGA